AUGUUCAUGCUCCCGGCUCCAAACGCAUACCGCUCCAUUUUCCGUCGACCCGAUGGCUCAUAUGACUGGGAAACCGAGAUGGAAUACGGAUGGAACAUGAUCGAUAUGCAGUCUUGUGGCUCGCUCGCUGCUUGUAUCGUGGAAUGUAUCCAGUCAUCAGCCGGAAUGCAUGUCCUACCACCUGGGUAUCUGGCUGCACUGAAAAAGCAGUGUGAGAAGCGUGGGAUGCUUCUGAUUGUCGACGAGGCCCAGACAGGGGUCGGUCGCUGCGGUGAUAUCAUGGCCAUCAGUCAUGAAAAUGUCGUUCCUGAUAUUCUUACACUCAGCAAAACUCUGGGCAAUGGUCUCCCGCUGAGUGCGGUUGUUACUAGUGCUGAGAUCGAACGUGUUUGUGCUGAGCGCGAUUAUUGCUUCUACACUACCCACGUCAAUGACCCUCUGCCCGCCGCCGUGGGCGACAAGGUCCUCGAGAUCGUCGUGCGCGAUCAGCUAGUUGAUCACUCUCGGGAAAUGGGCAAGGUGCUUCAUGAUGGACUGCACAAGUUGAAGGAAAAGUACGGAUGUAUCGGUGACGUGCGUGGACGCGGGCUCAUGGCUGGCGUCGAGAUUGUUGAGAGUCGCGAAACGAAGGCCCCAGCUAUCGCCCUCGGAAAGGCCAUCGGCGACCGCGCUUAUGAGCUGGGCGUCUGGGCCAAUCUGAGCAGUCACCCCAGCUUUGGAGGUACUUUUAGGAUCGCGCCUCCGAUCACCAUAACCAAGGAUCAGAUCCUGAGCGGUUUGGAAGUUUUCGAGAAGGCAUUUGCUACUACCCCAGGCACUCUGCCUCUUUAG